AUGUCCGCGGCAAACAGCAUCAAGGUCGUCGCACGCUUCCGUCCCCAGAAUCGGAUUGAACUCGAGUCUGGGGGCAAGCCCAUCGUCACCUUCCAAGGCGACGACACUUGCUCGCUCGAGUCCAAAGAAGCACAGGGCUCCUUCACCUUUGACAGAGUCUUUGAUAUGGAAUGCCAACAACAAGACAUCUUCGACUUUUCGAUCCGCCCGACUGUCGAUGAUAUCCUUAACGGCUACAACGGAACCGUAUUCGCCUACGGCCAGACCGGUGCCGGUAAAUCAUACACUAUGAUGGGCACCAGCAUCGAGGACGAGUCUGGUCGCGGUGUCAUUCCCCGCAUCGUUGAGCAAAUAUUCGCUAGCAUCAUGUCCAGCCCGAGCACAAUCGAAUACACAGUACGCGUAAGCUACAUGGAAAUCUACAUGGAGCGCAUCCGAGAUCUUUUGGCCCCGCAAAACGACAACCUGCCUGUCCACGAGGAGAAGAAUCGUGGCGUCUACGUCAAGGGUCUGCUGGAAAUCUACGUCUCCAGCGUCCAAGAGGUCUACGAGGUCAUGAGACGCGGCGGCAACGCCCGGGCUGUCGCUGCAACAAAUAUGAACCAAGAGUCGUCGCGAUCGCAUUCCAUUUUUGUCAUUACCAUCACGCAGAAGAACGUUGAGACGGGGUCGGCGAAGAGCGGUCAGCUCUUCUUGGUCGAUUUGGCGGGUAGCGAAAAGGUGGGGAAGACUGGCGCCAGCGGCCAGACUCUGGAGGAGGCCAAAAAGAUCAACAAGAGUCUGAGUGCUCUCGGCAUGGUUAUUAAUGCCCUCACUGACGGAAAAUCCUCUCACGUGCCUUAUCGCGACUCGAAGUUGACCAGAAUUCUGCAAGAAUCCCUCGGUGGUAACAGUCGCACCACCCUUAUUAUCAACUGCUCCCCCAGCAGCUACAACGACGCUGAGACGCUAGGUACUCUGCGAUUUGGUACCAGAGCAAAGAGCAUCAAGAACAAGGCCAAGGUCAAUGCCGAGCUUAGCCCUGCAGAGCUCAAGGCGCUCCUCAAAAAGGCCCAAGGCCAGGUUACCAACUUCGAAUCGUACAUUUCCAACCUCGAGACUGAAAUUCAGCAAUGGCGUUCCGGAGAGGCUGUCCCCAAGGACAAAUGGGCUCUCCCCACCUCCGAUGUGGUCGCAAAGAAGCCCACCGAGACGAGACAGCCGCAGCGCCCCUCGACACCGUCGCGCCUAUCCGCCGAGAACCGUUCCGAGACACCCCUUCCAUCCGAGCGCGCCAGCACGCCCGUCAUUGCUCUGGAGAAGGAUGAGCGCGAAGACUUCCUCCGCCGCGAGAACGAGCUCCAGGAUCAGCUCGCCGAAAAAGAGUCGCACGCCACCACCGCCGAGAAAUUGCUGCGCGAGACCAAGGACGAACUGACAUUCCUCAAGGAGCACGAUGCCAAGACCGGCAAGGAGAAUGAACGACUUACUACUGAAGCCAAUGAAUUCAAGAUGCAGCUCGAGCGCAUCAACUUUGAGAGCAAAGAAGCCCAAAUCACAAUGGAUGCGCUUAAGGAGGCCAACUCGGAGCUCACCACUGAGCUGGACGACGUCAAGCAGCAGCUCCUCGAUGUCAAGAUGAGCGCCAAGGAGAACGGCGUCGCUUUUGACGAGAAGGAGAAGAGGAAGGCUGAGAAGAUGGCCAAGAUGAUGGCCAGCUUUGAUCUCGGCGGUGAUGUCUUCAGCGAAAACGACAACCAAAUUUCCCAGGCCAUUAAACACCUCGAAACUCUUCACGAGCACAGCAAGAUUGGCGACAAUAUCGCUCCUGAGGAGUUCGAGGCGCUCAAGACCAAAUUGAUUGAGACGCAAGGUAUCGUAAGACAGGCUGAGCUGUCCAUGUACAGUGCGCCCACCAGUGACAUGGAUUCGCGCCGCCGCCACGAGCUUGAAGUACGACUUGAGGGUCUGCAGCAAGAGUACGAGGACGUGCUCGCCAAGAACCUGAGCGAGGUCGAUAUUGAGGAAGUCAAGGCUCGCCUGGAGAGUGCCCUUGCCAGUCGACAAAAUACGCAAAUCCAGCUCGUGGAUGACCUCAAGGCCGAGGCUGCACAAAAGGCCAGUGAGAACGCGCGGAUGAAGACGCUGAUUGAUGAUCUUCAGCAGCGCGUGACUUCGGGUGGUGCUGCGCCUAUGGCAAACGGCAAGACGGUCCAACAGCAGAUUGCCGAGUUUGACGCGAUGAAGAAGAGCUUGAUGAGAGAUUUGCAGAACCGCUGCGAGCGUGUCGUGGAGCUUGAAAUCUCUCUGGACGAGACUCGCGAGCAGUAUAACAAUGUUCUGCGGUCGUCUAACAACCGGGCCCAGCAGAAGAAGAUGGCGUUUUUGGAGCGAAACCUGGAGCAGCUCACGCAAGUGCAGCGCCAGCUUGUCGAGCAAAAUGCGGCGCUGAAGAAGGAGGUUGCGAUUGCGGAGCGCAAGCUGAUUGCUCGCAACGAGCGUAUCCAGAGCCUCGAGGGCCUGUUGCAAGACAGCCAAGAGAAGAUGGCUGCUGCCAACCACAAGUUCGAAGUACAACUCAACUCAGUCAAGGAGCGCCUCGAGGCGGCCAAGGCCGGGAGCACCCGUGGACUCAACUCGGGUGAUGGCGGGUUCAGCUUCGCUAACGCAGGCAGCCGCAUCGCCAAGCCCCUUCGCGGCGGCGGCGGUGACGGCCCUGUCGUGCCGACGAUCCAAACCAUUCAGCAGACGGAUGGCGCGCCCAGCAAUAAGCGCGGAAGCUGGUUCUUUAACAAGUCAUAA